GCUUUGUUGCUCAAUGGGUCUUUACCUGAGGAUGAGCAGGAAGGGUCCUUUGAACUCUGUGAACGUGAAGCUUGCCCUGAAGAGCAGCUGAUCAUAAUCCAAAGUCGUCUGGACCAGAGUGUGGAAGAAAAUCAAGAUUUAAAGAAGGAGCUACUGAAAUACAAACAAGAAGCUAGAAACCUUCAGGGAAUAAAGGAUGCUUUACAGCAACGGCUGAUUCAACAGGAUGCUUCAGUUCUUCAGCUAAAGCAGGAACUGCUGAGAGCAAACAUGGACAAGGAGGAAUUGCACAACCAGAACGUUGACCUUCAGAGGAAGGUUGAAGAGAGAAACCGGCUACUGGCAGAAUACAAAAAAGAUCUGUGCCAGAAGGAUCGGCAUUUACAGCAGCAUCAGACCAAACUGGAUGAAAUGCUUAGGCAGCUUUCUGAGGCCAGCUACCAACAGGUGGACUUGGAGCGGGAGCUGGAGCAAAAAGAGGCCCUGUUAGCUCACUGCAUGAAGAGAGAAGCUGAAGAGGUGAUGGCUUACAGUGGUCAUAGUGCUCAGAGCAAUGGCUUCCUCCAGACAGCAGGAAAAGGAGCUGCUCCCACAGCGCACCGAGGGACAAGUGACUUGCAGUUGGUUCGUGAUGCCCUUCGCAGCCUCAGGAACAGUUUCAGUGGCCAUGAUCCACAGCACCACACCAUUGACAGCCUGGAGCAGGGCAUCUCCAGCCUGAUGGAACGGCUGUACCGCAUGGAAACACAGAAGAGGCAAGAGAGAAGGGUCCGGGGAAAAUCACCAGCAAGCAGAGCAACAAAUGACUGUAGGGACUCCUGGCCUCCCAAAUCCAAACUGCCUCAUUCUCACAGCACACCCGUGAUGAGCACCAGUGCCUGCACCAAAGUGUUGUACUUCACUGACCGCUCCCUCACACCUUUCAUGGUCAACAUACCAAAGAGGUUAGGGGAAGUGACUCUGAAGGAUUUUAAGGUAGCUAUUGAUCGUGAAGGAACCCACCGGUACCACUUCAAAGCCCUGGAUCCAGAGUUCGGCACAGUCAAGGAGGAGGUGUUCCACGAUGAUGACAUCAUUCCUGGUUGGGAGGGGAAAAUUGUGGCCUGGGUGGAAGAAGACCACGGGGAGAAUUAAUCAAGCUUUUAAGUCUCGUCACUAUGGAAACCUGUAACUGGCUGCUGAGCUCAAAGAAUGACCAAAAAGCAUGUGUGCUGGAAGGAGUCCAAUUCAAGCUGCCAAAACAGAGGGCUUUUCUGCAGACAACGGGAAAUGCAUGUUGUGAGCAUGGACACCUGGCAUCUGACUUUCCAUGGCCAAAUGCAGACAUUCUGAGACUGAAAUGACAGGUCUGUGGGAAAGAAACAUCUUGUUUUGUCCUGUUAACUAAACCCUGAAGGCCUUAAUGAUGCAUUGCUCCCUCCCCCAGCUUCUCCAUUCCUGCAGUAUGUGCCGCAGAUUGUGAUCUGGGCAUUUCAAGUCUGGAUUCUUGUACAUGAUAUUACAUUAAUCUGCACUGAUGGCGAAAAUGUGAA